UGCUCCAGCAGCGUUACGUUAUUCGCAAUCCAGCAGUUGUCGCGUUCGGCUGCAGAUCGGAACUUUCAUUUGGAUCCUAGAAACGCAAGGCGAAGAAUUUUGCUGUCUGUCGGGCACUUCGAGCACGCGUUCCAAUUGGAUUCAAAUUAGAUUUAUUGAAAUGUUGCCCUUUCGUUGGGGCAUGCUGCUUGGCGUGUUGCUGCUCGUAGCAUACACAAAUGGAGCGGCUAUUGAUCAAUCAUCUGUGGAUGACGAUGCGGAGCUGAAUCCCCUGACUGAAUUAGAGCGCACUAAGAGAAGCGGCAGAGGCUAUGUCCGAGGACAAACACAGUCUCAGUACUUAAACUUCGGCAAGCCCGAGGAGGAUGGCAAAGCUGAGGCGGAGGCCAAUGAGAGUGGCUCACGUUCAACUGUUUCCGGUACCCAUGGCAUGGGUCAAGCGCAGAGCCAGUUCUCUGCGGGAGAUUGCAGUGACUGCUCCGGGUACUCUGGAGGCUCUGACCUCUAUCCGAGUGGACCCAGCAUUUCGGGCGGCCGCAUUGGUAGACCCGAUGCCAUAAUAAAUCUACCAGCUGGUGCUGGAGCGCAGUCAGGAAUUGGAGGCCAGCCUGGGUAUGGUACGCAACCAGGAGCAUACAAUCAAUUUGGAAUUGGUGGUGGUCUGCCGGGUAUCGGACCUUAUGGAGCAACCGGACAGCCUGGAACAGGUGGCCGUCCGGGGAUAGGUGGCAGUGGAAGCGGUCAGCCCGGAGCCGGUGGUAUCGGUGGUGGUGGUGCUGGUGGUCAGCCCGGAAUUGGUGCUGGUCAGCCUGGAAUAGGUGGUGGACAGCCAGGAAUAGGUGGUGGUCAGACUGGAAUCGGUGGUCAGCCCGGAAUUGGUGGUGGUCAACAAGGAAUCGCUGGUGGACAACCAGGAAUCGGUGGUGGUCAGCCGGGAUACGGAACCCAGCCAGGUGCUGGUGGUCAGCCCGGAAUCGGUGGUGGUCGACUUGGAUACGGAACCCAGCCAGGUGUUAGUGGUCAGCCAGGAAUCGGUGGUGGUCAGCCCGGAAUUGGCGGAGGACAACCAGGAAUCGGUGGUGGUCAGCCUGGAUACGGAACCCAGCCAGGUGCUGGUGGUCAGCCCGGAAUUGGCGGUGGUCAGCCUGGAAUCGGUGGUGGACAACCAGGAAUCGGUGGUGGUCAGCCUGGAUACGGAACCCAGCCAGGUGCUGGUGGUCAGCCCGGAAUUGGCGGUGGUCAGCCCGGAAUAGGUGGUGGUCAACCAGGAAUCGCUGGUGGACAGCCCGGUGGUGGUCGACCUGGAUACGGAACCCAGCCAGGUGCUGGUGGUCAGCCUGGAAUCGGUGGUGGACAACCAGGAAUCAGUGGUGGUCAGCCUGGUUACGGAACCCAGCCAGGUGCUGGUGGUCAGCCCGGAAUUGGUGGUGGUCAACCAGGAAUCGCUGGUGGACAGCCCGGUGGUGGUCGACCUGGAUACGGAACCCAGCCAGGUGCUGGUGGUCAGCCUGGAAUCGGUGGUGGACAAUCAGGGAUCGGUGGUGGUCAGCCUGGAUACGGAACCCAGCCAGGUGCUAGUGGUCAGCCGGGAAUCGGUGGUCGACAACCAGGAAUCGGUGGUGGUCAACCUGGAUACGGAACCCAGCCAGGUGCUGGUAGUCAGCCGGGAAUCGGUGGCGGACAACCUGGAUAUGGCACCCAGCCUGGAUCCGCAGGAGGUCUGCAGCCUGGAUACGGAAGUCUGCCUGGAACUGGAGGACAACAAGGAAUUGGUGGCGGUCAGCCCGGCUAUGGAACACAGCCUGGCGUUGGUGGUCAGCCCGGCUAUGGAACACAGCCUGGUUUUGGAGGACAGCCAGGACUUAGUGGUGGUCAACUUGGCUAUGGAGCCCAGCCUGGAGUUGGAGCACAACAAGGACUAGGUGGUGCUCAGCCUGGAUACGGAGGUCAACCUGGAGUUGGUAGACAGCCCGGAAUCGGUGGUGGUCAAUCUGGAUACGGAACUCAGCCUGGAACUGGAGGACAACAAGGAAUCGGUGGCGGACAGCCCGGCUAUGGAACACAGCCUGGCGUUGGUGGUCAGCCCGGUUAUGGAACCCAGCCUGGUGUUGGAGGACAGCCAGGACUUGGUGGUGGUCAACUUGGCUAUGGAGCCCAGCCUGGAGUUGGUGGACAACAAGGAAUCGGUGGUGCUCAGCCCGGGUACGGAACACAGCCUGGCAUUGGUGGACAGCCCGGUGGUGCUCAGCCUGGAUACGCCCAGCAAGGAAUAGGUGGCGGGCAGCCUGGCUACGGAAGUCAAGGUGGAUAUGGAACUCAGCCUGGAUACGGAGCACAGACUGGUGCGGGAGGCCAGCCUGGAAUUGGAGGUCAAACUGGAUAUGGCAUACAGCCUGGGUACCAAACUCAACCUGGAUAUGGAAGUCAACCUGGAAUCGGACAACAAGGAAGUGGAGGUGGUCAGCCUGGGUACGUUACACAGCCGGGAGGCCAAUCUGGUAUUGGUGGAGGUGGACAGCCAGGAGGCUAUACUACCCAACCUGGUGUUGGUGGACAGACCGGAAUCGGCAGUAGUCAACCAGGAUAUAGUAUUCAGCCUGGAUAUGGAAUUCAGCCUGGUACUGGGGCACAAAUUGGAGGGGGCGUUGGACAACCAGGAAUUGCCGGUGGUCAGUCAAGCUAUGGAACUCAGCCGGGAAUAGGAGGACAGACCGGAGUUGGAGGUGGUGUGGGUCAACCUGGAUAUGGAAUUCAAUCUGGAGUUAGUGGACAGCCAGGAAUCGGAGGUGGUCAGCCCGGACAGCUUGGUUACGGAACUCAACCCGGAGCUGGAGGACAGCCCGGAAUCAGCGGCCUUCAACCUGGUGGUGGUCAGCCCGGAUAUGGAGCACAGCCUGGUAUUGGUGGACAGACCGGAUACGGAACUCAGCCCGGAAUUGGUGGACGACCAGGAAUCGGUGGUGCUCAAACUGGAUAUGGAACACAGCCUGGAGUUGGUCAACAGCCAGGAAUCGGUGGUGGUCAACCCGGACAGCUUGGUUACGGAACUCAACCCGGAGCUGGAGGACAGCCCGGAAUCAGCGGCCUUCAACCUGGUGGUGGUCAGCCCGGAUAUGGAGCACAGCCUGGUAUUGGUGGACAGACCGGAUACGGAACUCAGCCCGGAAUUGGUGGACGACCAGGAAUCGGUGGUGGUCAAACUGGAUAUGGAACACAGCCUGGCGUUGGUCAACAGCCAGGAAUCGGUGGUGGUCAGCCCGGACAGCUUGGUUACGGAACUCAGCCUGGAGCUGGCGGACAGUCCGGAAUCAGUGGUGUUCAACCUGGGGGUGGUCAGCCCGGAUAUGGAGCGCAGCCUGGAGUUGGUGGACAAGCUGGAUAUGGAAUUCAGCCUGGAGCUGGAGGACAACCCGGAAUUGGCAGUGGUCAGCCUAGUGGAGGUCAGACCGGAUACGGAACCCUGCCCGGAAUUGGAGGACAAUCGGGAAUUGGCGGACAACCAGGAAUUGGCGGACAGCCAGGAAUUGGCGGACAACCAGGAAUUGGCGGACAACCAGGAAUUAGCGGUGGUCAACCUGGAUAUUUAACACAGCCUGGAUCUGGCGGACAGCCAGGAAUCAGUGACGGUCAACGUGGACUUGGAGGACAGCCCGGAAUCGGAGCCGCUCAAAUUGGUACUCCAGGACGUUACACAGAUGCAGGAACAGCCGUUGCCCCUGGAGGUGCUAUUGGCGUACCUGGAGCUGCUGGCACUGGCGGUGCUGAUGAUGCCUUCUCGCAGGCAGAGUCUGCUAUUGGUGAUGGUCAGGCAUCAGCUAGCGCUCAGGGCAAAAAGAAUGGAGGUACUGCCAAGACUCAAGUGUCUGGCAGCUACAGUAAAGGCAGUUCCUUCAGUGCAAGCGCAAUGACCUCGGACGCCGAUCGUGCUGCAAGUGCGCAGGUGACAGGAAAUGCUGAUGGAGCAAUGAGCCAGUCGCAGGGCACUGGCGGUCCUUCUCAGUCCCAAGCCCAAGUACAGCUUAAUGCCAAGAACGGCGGCACUAAGGCUUCAUCUCAGAGCGGCGGUAUCAUACACCAGAGCCAGAGUGAAGUGCAAGCCAAUGAUAAGGGCGGCCUAGCUGAUGCCCAGUCGAGCGGACCUGGCCAGACAUCUUCGCAAGCACAAAUUGGUUUCCGGCCUGCCCAGGAUAAUACUCAAGUGAAUACGGCAGGCGGUGGACAAGCGUCAGCUCAAUCGGGCAGUCACUCGGGUCAAAGUCAGUCCCAGAUACACGGAACAUCCAGCUUUGGCGUCUCCUACCACGGCGCUGCACAGUCUGCAUCGGGAACGAAGGAACAAGUAGCCACGUAUCGCGAACAGAAUAGGGAGCUCUUCAAUACCAUCAGUCAGUUUGGCAACACUGGAAACGCAGUUACGGAUCGUGUUGACGCAGUCUUUAGCGGCCCACCCGCUGUCGCACCCGAAUCAGAUAGAUUACCGGAGAUUCAGCUAAAGUCUUCAAAGACUAGCAAAGAGGAGACUCAGAAAGAGGAAGUCAGCAAAGAGGAUGACCCACAGCCCACACUAGCCGAGGAUGAAGAACCAGAGGAUGAUGAAGAGCCAUAUGACGAAUAUGAUGAGGAAGAUUAUUACAAUGAAAAGCCUGUGAAGCUUGCAGAGAGUCCCUCAGUUGACACCCAGGUCAAAAGCCAGGAGCCUGGCUCAGUGGCUGCGCCUGCCGCUGCACCACUAACCUUUAUACAAUCAUCGCCCACUCAGAAGCAGCAGGCAGUGGUCGCCAAUCCGAGCGCCGGCCAAUAUCGUGUGGUGCAGAAUCAAAAUGGACGGGUCAAUACAUAUCCGAUACGCACCACUACCGAAAGUGUGCCCAGUGGCUUCCGUGGGACAGUCAAUGUGGAGAAGAAGUUCCACACCAAAGCCCUGGAGCUGCACAGCACUGAUAAAAAGGUGGAUGUCAGUCUCGAGGAUGAUGGUGCCAAGGCAUCCAAUGGGGCCGCCCAAAAGCCACGCGCACCCGAUAGCUAUGUGACAGUCACCAAGUCAGUCACUGGUAGCAUGGACAAUUCAAAGAGCCCGCCACAGGAGAACAAGAACUUCCAGUCCACAUACUAUACGAAAUCGUCGACGUGCGGCUACUUCACCUUCUCCUGUAAUAUUGUUUAUGGCGCAAAUGGACGCAGUAAAAUCUGCCGUCCCAAGGCGCCGUCGAAUGGCAAGUGCUAAGGAUGCCAUCAACAGUUCAAUGGGGCUCAAAUUCUAAUCAGCUACAGCUACAGCUAACCUCUAACCUGUUUGUAUUUGCCGCACUUUGUUAAGCAUCUAAGUUUUUGCUAAUAAUCUUAAAGUUUUACUCUCAUUUCAUACUUCGUACACAAAUUCAAAUUGUAAUUAAUAUUUAAUAAUAAUGAUAAUAAUAAUAAUAAUAAUAAUAAUGAUAAUAAUAAACAGCACACACUGCCGUGAAAUGUUCGACGGAACACCAAAACUCAUCAA